UAAAUGAUUAAACGUUCGUAUACGUUGAAUCAGUUGGUCGACGUCCACACAACUAUCGUUCUCUUAUCUUAUUAUCGUUUCAAUUGCAGCUCCGUAGAUGUCAACGUGAUUGCAGAAAUGGAUAUAAAAAUUUUAACGAUAUUAAUUACCGUGGUCUGUCUGAAGAAUCAAUUAGUUACAUGCGAUGACGAAGCCAAUUGCUGUUACUCGGAUGACGAGCAUCCCUAUUUACUCUUUGAUACAAAAACUGCUUAUCACUUCUCACAUGGUUUUAUCAAGAACACCACUGUACCAAAUUGCACACCGAAGCAAAUAUGGCUGCUGAUCAGACACGGAACUCGCAACCCAAGUGGUGAAGAGAUAAAAAGCAUGAAGCGCAAUUUACCAAGGCUGCAGGACAGCAUCCUCGAAAACGAAAGUGAUCUAUGCGCGAAAGAUUUGGAGAACCUAAGAGCAUGGACGUACGAUAAAACCUUGAAGCACCGAAAGAAAUACCUGACGGAGCAAGGCGAAGAAGAUUUAAGAUCCCUCGCCGCGAGAUUCAAGAAUUACUUUCCACAACUGUUGCAUCUCGAUUCGGCUGAUGCUUUAGCGAACAAGUAUAAAUUCAGAUCAACGGACACUCAGCGGACUGUACUGAGCAUGGAGAGAUUCAUCGAAGGUCUGUUUGGCAAUGUUACCUUGAACAGCACGGAAGUGGUGCCCACUUCGGAGGACACGCUACUGAAGGCGUACAAAACGUGUAAAGCUUGGAAAAAUGAAACGAAGAAUUCUGCAAGCAACGCCGAAAUGGAGGCAUUUGAGAACAGCCAGAGAUACGAUAAACUUAUCAAUGAUAUUAGUAAACGAUUGGGAUUUCAACAUAAUCUGACUCUAGACGAAGUCAUGGACAUGUACACUGCAUGCGUCUUUGAGAAAGCAUGGCACGUGGACAAAGUGUCUCCUUGGUGUGCCGUUUUCACAGAAGAAGAAUUAAAAGUGAUCGAGUAUAAAAGUGAUUUGUAUUACUAUUACCAUACUGGUUAUGGACAAAAAAUGAGUAGUAGAAUUGGAUGUCCACCUUUGCAAGACAUGUUCAAUCGCUUCUCGAAACUGGAGAACGGGGAAUCGGACGAGCCGCAGGGUGUUUUCUACUUCAGCCACAGUUCGUCGGUGCAGUUGCUUUUGACGGCCAUGAAAAUUGCCGAAGAUUCGAUACCAUUGAAAGCUUCGAAUUACGAAACCAUGGAAAACAGAAAGUGGAGCACAUCUCGUUUGGUACCUUUUGCAGCGAACCUCGCAGCUGUUUUUUACAAAUGCGAUUCCUCGAACAAAGUGAGACUGUAUUUGAACGAAGUACCUGUGGAUUACGAAGGCUGUGAGAAAGGUGUUUGCGAAUGGGAUUAUCUGAAGGAGAAAUUAGGGCCGAACGCCUUUAACUGCAACAUAGAUUUCUGCAAUAAAUGAUCUUAAAUAUGAAUUUCUAUUUUGAAAUUUGCUAGGUACCAAGUUUGUACGUUUUUAAGUUUUUAAGGUUAUCGUUCUUAAAUCCUUAAAUUUUCAAAUUCUAAAGUUACCAAGUUAAGAAAUCCAUUAGACUUUAAGCUUCCAAUGUUUCAAAUCUUUAAUUUCCACAUAUGCACAUUUCCAUAUCCCCAUAUUCACAUAAGUCUACAUCCACACGUCCAUAAAUCACUAAUAAUAACUUCUAC